AUGUCCAAGGCCGUCAAGAAGAAGUCCUCCAAGAAGAGAUCUGCCUCUGAGGCUGCUCAAUUCGACCAAAAGACCAUCCAAGAAUUCAAGGAAGCUUUUGGAAUCAUGGACCAAAACAAGGACGGAAUCAUCGACAAGUCUGACUUGAAAGAUCUUUAUGCCUCCAUGGGACAAAUCGCUUCUGAUAAGCAGAUCGAAGAUAUGAUCAAGGAAGCUCCAGGACCAAUCAACUUCACCGUCUUCCUCACUUUGUUCGGAGAAAGACUCACUGGAACUGACCCAGAAGCCACCAUCGUCGGAGCUUUCGCUAUGUUUGACAAGAAGGACUGUGGAAAAAUCUCUGAGGACGAACUCGUCAAGAUUUUGAAGAACAAGAGAGGAGAACCACUCGACGAGGAUGAAAUUAAAGCCAUGUACAAGGGAAAGCCACCUAUUGCUGACGGACAAGUUGACUACAAGGCUUUUGCUCACGUCAUAACUACUGGUGCUCAAGAUGAACUCGCUAAUGCUUAA